AUGGCUUGCAACAGAUUUCUGCUACUAUAUCGAUGCUGUCGAUUUGACGAUGUAACAACAAGACAGAACAGAGAAGCAAAUAAUAAAAUAGCAGCAUUCAGGGAGGUCAUGGAACUUUUUGCUGGGUCAUGUCGUUCUGCGUAUGCUCCAGGACCAAAUGUCACUGUUGAUGAACAACUGUGUACGUUCAGAGGAAGAUGUGGUUUUAAGGUUUACAUCCCAUCAAAGCCAGGGAAAUAUGGCCUUAAAAUUUGGAUGUGUUGCGAUUCGGACAACUUCUAUUGCUCAAAUUUACAGGUGUACUGUGGCAAGGUUGGCAAUGCUCCUGAGCGAGGACAAGGUAAAAGGGUCACACUCGACCUGACUAGUCAUCUGUUUGGCACCGGCAGAAACGUGACAACUGAUAAUUUUUUUACAAGUGUCUCAUUAUUACAAAAACUGCUGCAAAAGAGCCUUACACUCGUUGGCAUUGUACGCAAAGGCCCGGCUGGAUUUCCUCAGGAACUGUUCAAUGCUGCACACCGUGAAGAGAAGUCUUCACUGUUCAUGCUCACACCAGAUACACUAACUGUUUCUUACAUUCCAAAGCCUCGCAAGGCAGUAACACUCAUGUCAACCAUGCAUCGGGAAAAUGCUGUGGCAGACGAAGACGCGAAAUAUAAGCCAGAGACAUUUCAGACAUUGCAUAUACAACCUUCAGAAUUAGAAUAA